AUGAAGCGCCAGCACCCCGCGAGCAAUGGAAAGGGGAAGUGGACAGACAACAAGAAGAAAAAGACUGUCCAGUUUAGCGAAUCCAAGCAUGAUGAUCAUCAUGGUGAUGGCAGCGCCGACGACGACGACGACGACGAUGAGGUGAAUGGAGCACUGGAUAGCGAUGACGAGACCAAAAGCGAUGAUGGCGACGACAGCAAGAAGCGCCAGAUACCGCGACAGCACAAACGGCAGGAAGGCGAAGAAGAAGAUCGACCCGACAUGCCUCAAUAUGCGGACGAAGGUGUGCGCAUGAUGGCGUUCAACCUGAAGGAAGACAGAGAGGAGGGCCACUUUGACGAAAGCGGCAACUUCGUGUGGGCCAAGGAAGAACAGCCGAUGCAGGAAGAUGCAUGGCUCGAGAAUGUGUCUGCACAGGAGAUGGAAGGAGCCGAGCGAGCGCGCAUCUUACGACAGGAAGCACGCACCGACGACGAAGAAACGUGGACCGAGCGUCGCGCCACGAGUGUGUUCAUGGAGGUGCUGGAGGAAGGCGAGACCGUGUUGAAGGCUCUCAAGCGGUUAGGCAAGAAGAAGAAGGGUUCCAAGGGACCAGAGCAGACCGCAGACAUGAAGCGCGAGUUCGACGAGCUCACCGAAGCGACCGACUUCCUCAUGCGACAAGGAAAGGCAGAUGUAUACCAUACCCCUAAGGAACAGUUGGUGCCGCAAGCGCCGCCGCCGCCACCAGUUCUAUGGGAGUACAAGUCGCAAGAUGGACUGAUCCAAGGCCCAUUCCCGUCGUCCAACUUUGUCGAAUGGCAGGCCCAGGGUUACUUUCGGGGGGACAGCGCAGUGCAAAUGCGACGAUACGAAGCUACGGAUGUCGUGGCAAAGGAAUCGUCGGCGGCAAAGGACCUUGAAGAUGACUUCGACGACGAUGACGAGAAGGAGGAGGACGGCGACGGCAGGUGGGUGUCGUCCGACACGAUCGACUUUCGCCGGUACAAUCGUUAGCAUGGAGGCGUAUCCACAUGAUCAUGGGCAUAUGACGGACGUGUGACCUGCGUAACGUACACGUGCUUCCUUCACCUCAUGCUGCCAUUCUCACUCGUCAACUGUGUCGCCGUGUCGAAGAUAUAUCUAACAAUAUCUCACCAGAGUGCGACAUAAACCAACUAUUUUGAAUCAACCAAAUGACUUGAAGAAAAGGUAAAUAUUUUGAACACGAGAAAGGUGUGAUUAUUGUCCAA